AUGAGUUCUGACGAAAGCAGUUUGGACGAAACAAGAAUCGAAACUAUGAUUCAUCGAUGCAAGCGUGAACCGUCCGAAGCUAGUCCUACAAUUUCAGAGAACGGUUCCGAGAACAGUUUCGCGUUUGGCUCGGAGAACAGCAGUGAGAAUUGUUACCCAAGUUGUAUGCAAGUACGUACGAAGCGAAAGCGGUCGAAAGCCCCGCCUGGAAAACCUCCUUACAGCUACGUCGCUUUAAUCUCGAUGGCCAUCACGAGUUCCCCACGUCGGAAAAUGACCUUAUCUGAGAUCAACAAAUUCAUCGCAGACAAUUUCCCCUACUACGUGACUUGCCCUCUGAAAUGGAGAAACGCUAUUAGACAUAAUCUGACCCUCAACGAUUGCUUCGUGAAGCUACCUCGGGAGCCUCAUGAUGAAACCAAAGCGCAUUUCUGGACAAUCGACCCGGCGAGCGAGAGCAUGUUCGAAGACGGCAGUUUCCGAAGGCGACGUAAACGUUUCAAAAGGGAGCAAGAUUUGGACGAAAUCCUACCGGCUUUGGUCGAAAGGACGAAUCUACCACCAAAAAUCGCAGUUCCACCACAGUUUUUCCAACCCUAUCCUUAUCCAACGGUCGCCACUCUACCUGCCAACCACUCUACACCUAGACGGGGUUUUGGUAUCAAUGACAUACUCGCACUUCCAUCGGUCUAUGGGCCUACACCUUAUCCCGUCCCCACCGCACAACAAAUGAUGCCCUAUCUCCCCCCACAUUACUACAUGCCAUAUUACUCUGGUAUGUGGGCUGCAUAUCCUAGUUAUCCUACGACAACGAAUCCUGUACCGUACAGCUACCUUUAUCCAAGACAACAAGAUUCCAGCGAAGCCCAAGAUUAUCAAGAGACUGAUUAUGAACAAUAUGAGAACGCUGAUGAACUAUAG